AUGCGUUUCUCUGAGGUGUUCGCCGCCUCUACGGUGGCCUCCCUCGUUGCCGCCCACGGUGGUAUCCAGGGGGCCCCUAAGCUCUUUGGUCUGCCCAGCGACGUCAAGAUCAGGACCCCUUCUCCUCGUGCUGCUCGCGCUGUCGCCGCUGCUCAAGGCCCUCACCACCUGCUCGCACGUCAGGGCGGUGAUGCCAACAACCGCUGCGGACCUAGUUUCGGCAACGCUGUCUGCGCAGCAGGCUACUGCUGCUCUGGUGCUGGGUACUGUGGAACCACUCCCAGCCACUGCAACGCUCCUGACUGCCUUUUCAACUACGGUCCUGGUUGUGAUGCUAACAAGACCCCUGCUGGAGCCAGCACCCGCAACGAUGCUCGUCCUCAGAAGGGCAGUGUCGAGUACGGUGGUGAAGGUAUCUACGCCUGCCGCAAGGCAGGAACCGUUGCCAUUACCUUCGAUGACGGCCCAUACAUCUACACUGACGAGGUUCUGGACAAGUUCGCUGCUGCCGGAUUCAAGGCCACAUUCUUCGUCACCGGUAUCAACAUCGGCAAGGGUGCUAUUGAUGAGAAUUGGAGCGGUGUCAUCAACCGUAUGGUCGCCGAGGGCCACCAGGUCGCUUCCCACACUUGGUCUCACCAGGAUCUUUCCGAUAUCACUGAGGCUCAGGUCUACGACCAGAUGGUCAAGAACGAGAUGGCUAUCCGCAACAUCAUCGGCAAAUACCCCACCUACAUGCGCCCUCCUUACUCGUCUUGCAACACUGUCUGCCAGAACGUUCUACAGGAGCUCGGUUACGUCGUCUCUUACUUCGACUUGGAUACCGAUGACUACAACCAGCUCACCCCCGAGAAGAUCGAGGUCGCUAAGGACAACUUCCGCAAUGCCGUGAACGCCGCCCAGCCCGCCAGCGAGAGCAAGCUUGCCAUUGCUCACGACAUCCACGAGCUCACCGCUCUCAACUUGACCAUCACCAUGAUCGAGACCCUCCAGGCACGUGGCUUCAAGGGUGUCACCAUGGGUGAGUGCAUGAACGAGCCUGAGGCUAACUGGUACCGUGAUUCCACUCCCGGUACUCCUACUCCCUCAUCCACUCUCGUCUCGUCCACUGGUCCCACUUCCACCCCCACUGGCGCCGUCUCCACUGAUGGAACUUGCGGUACCCAAGGCAAUAACCAGAUCUGCAUUGGCUCAACCUUUGGUAACUGCUGCUCCCAGUACGGCUACUGCGGAACUUCGACUGACCACUGCGGAACUGGCUGCGACACCCUCUUCGGUAACUGCGGCACCAACGCUAACCCCAGCUCCGUUCCCUCGUCCGCCACAUCGUCCUCCGCUCCUCAGCCCACUGGUGCCUUAGAGACCUCUAUUGACGGUACUUGCGGCGGUAACUCUGGCUUCACCUGCGUUGGCUUCGUCCACGACGGUGCUAAGUCCGAGUGCUGCUCUCAGUAUGGAUACUGCGGUGCCUCCACUGACCACUGUGGAACCGGAUGCAACCCGCUUGCGGGUAACUGCGGCUCUUCUGGCGACAAGUCCAGCACAAUUUCUUCAGUUCACACCGACUCUACCUCUGCCUCCGACAAGCACGAGUCCAGCACAGUUUCUUCCGUCUACCCCUCCGACUCUUCUUCAGCCUCAGACAAGCACGAUGACCACUCCAGCACCGUUUCUUCUGUUUACCCAGAUGUCACGUCCUCUGCUUCAGAUGAGCACGAGUCUUCCUACCCCACCGGCUCUUCAUCGAGCUCUGUACCAACAAAGCCCAGUCAAACUAGCUCGGUUUACGCCGAUGACUACCCCACCGCGAGAUCCUCAUCUGCGGAGUACUCCGUAGCAUCCUCAACUGGUGACUACAAGACCUCCUCGACAGCCGAUUACCCCGUCGCGUCGUCGACCGCUGACUACCCUGCUUCCUCGCCCACUCCCGACUACCCUACUACCUUCGCUUCUUCGGUCAAGCCUGCCACCUCUACCCCUUGCACCACCUCGUCGACCCCGACCCCGACCCCCACUCAGCCCGUUUCCGAGGACGGCAAGUGCGGUGGCGAGAACGGCCAGACCUGCGCUGGCUACAAGAACAGCUUUGGCCUCAAGCUCGAGUGCUGCUGCAAGACAUCUGGCCGUUGCUCUGCCGACCCUUGGGCCUGCACAGCCGGUUGCGACAAGAAGAACGGAAAGUGCUGGUACUAG